GCCAGGAGGACGCACGGCCGGGACGCAGCGCCUGUCAUCUGGAGGAAACUCCUCCCCGCACACAGCGCGUCCUGCCGCCUCUCCAGCGCAAUGGUCUCCUGGAUCAUCUCCAGACUUGUGGUACUCGUGUUCGGCACUCUGUAUCCCGCAUACUCGUCUUACAAAGCUGUGAAAUCGAAAGAUGUGAAGGAAUAUGUGAAGUGGAUGAUGUACUGGAUAAUAUUCGCCCUGUUCACCACGGUGGAAGUGUUCACAGACAUGUUCCUGUGUUGGAUCCCCUUCUACUACGAGCUGAAGAUCGCCUUCGUGGUGUGGCUUCUGUCGCCGUACACCAAGGGCUCCAGCGUGCUCUACAGGAAGUUCGUCCACCCCACGCUGUCCUCCAAGGAAAAGGACAUCGACGAGUACAUCUGCCAGGCCAAGGACAAAAGCUACGACACGCUGGUGCAUUAUGGGAGAAAAGGCCUGAACGUUGCGGCCACAGCUGCAGUCAUGGCUGCAACAAAGGGUCAGGGCGUCCUGUCGGACAGGCUGCGCAGCUUCAGCAUGCAGGAUCUGUCCUCCUACCAGUCGGAUCCGGACAGCGCCGGCAGCCCGCCGCCCGCCGCCGCCGCCACGCAGCAUCGAACCAGGACCAUGAUGAGGAGCAAGUCAGAGAGUCACAAGGCCUCCUCGUAGAGUCUUGAGGCCGCUCACAAGAUCCAGGACUGCUUUCACUUCAAACAAUGAAGCCAUGUGAAACUCUCCUCCAGCCUCCUCCAGCUGCCUUCCGCUGCAAGACGUGAAAACACCCAAUGGCCAAACGCUCCGUGACUGAAGCAGCCUUGCUUUGGGAUAAGGUAUUACCAAAGUGACCUAUGACCCCUCUAUAUAUACUCAGUAUAUAGCCCGCGACUCAUGAUUUGAAGACAGAAAAACA